GAAUCCUCCCCAAGCCCAUGCUCUGGGCUGAGCCAGACCGUGUGAUCACCCAGGGCAGUCCCGUGACCCUCAGGUGUCAGGGAAACCUUGAAGCCGGGGAGUACCGUCUAUAUAGGGAGAGAAAAUCGGCAUCCUGGAUUACAUUGAUACGACCAGAGCUUGUGAAGAAGGGCCAGUUCCCCAUCCCAUCCAUCACCUGGGAACACGCAGGGCGGUAUCGCUGUCAGUAUUACAGCCGCAGUUUGUGGUCAGAGCUCAGUGACCCCCUGGAGCUGGUGGUGACAGGAGCCUACAGCAAACCCACCCUCUCAGCCCUGCCCAGCCCUGUGGUGACAUCAGGAGGGAACGUGACCCUCCAGUGUGACUCACGGGUGGCAUUUGAUGGCUUCAUUCUGUGUAAGGAAGGAGAAGAUGAACAACCACAACGUCUCAACUCCCACUUCCAUGUCCAUGGCUGGUCCUGGGCCGUCUUCUCCGUGGGCCCCAUGAGCCCGAGUCGCAGGUGGCGGUACCGGUGCUAUAGUUAUGAGUCAUGCUCUCCCUAUGUGUGGUCUUUACCCAGUGAUCUCCUGGAGCUCCUGGUCCCAGGUGUUUCUAAGAAGCCAUCACUCUCAGUGUAGCCGGGUCCUGACGUGGCCCCUGGGGAGAAGCUGACCCUCCAGUGUGGCUCUGAUGCCGGCUACGACAGAUUCGCUCUAUACAAGGAGGGGGGAUGUGACUUCCUCCAGUGCCCUGGCCGGCAGCCCCAGGCUGGGCUCUCCCAGGCCAACUUUACCCUGGGCCCUGUGAGGGGCUCCCAUGGGGGCCAGUACAGAUUCUACGGUGCACACAACCUCUCCUCCGAGUGGUCGGCCCCCAGUGAUCCCCUGGAGCUUGUGGUCUUAGGUGAGGGCCCUGAUCCUGUCCUCUCUGAGCUCAAAUGCUCAGCUCAGGUCCUGCCUCCAGGGGAGCUCUGA